AAUUCUUUUAACUAACUACAUUUUUAACAUUUUUAACAACAAAUACGCAACAUCGUAAUAACACACACCACCAAACAAUCCCGAUAUUCACGUACUUAUAAUCGCAGAUGACCUAGAAAUAAACCCAGCUUCAUCAACUACAACAGCGAGACAUUACAAAGGAUGCUGGUUAGCAACCAGCUCCUUAUACGAAGAUAAUAAUUGAUAACCCGCCUCGAAAUCCAUCCUCUCUCUAAUCGACACAACGUAACGAUGGCCCAAAGGCCUCAGCACACGUAUGGUCUGCAAUUUGGCGAGCUGUCACCUCUUUCAGAUUCGAAUGGCCAAAGUACACCAUUGCUACCAUCAAUUAAAUCUGAGGAGUCGAUGGAGACUAAUGAUAUUCCAGCCUUUUUCGAAGAACCCGAAAUCGAAUUCGCCCAAGAUGCUACCGAAUUCGCCAAAGGUCUAGACUCACUUUCUCUCAUUCGCAAAUCCUCAGCCGAAAAACGAGAAGACAUAUUUAAUCUUGUCGACACUUACUAUCACUAUGCCGCCACCAAAGUUCAUGACUUGCGCAGGUCGCAAGGCCAGUCGUCUAGAACUGAUCUCCGUCCGUAUGACGAUCUCCGUCCAUAUGAUACUUCUAGCCAAGACUCCAUGGAUUUAGACGAAGCAGAUAAACUACCUGCAUCGCCUGCCUCGGCCGAGAGACUCAAGGGGUGGGAACUUGAGGCCCAAACUUGGGACAUGUUGCGCCGCCUCUUGCCGUUACGAUACUCUCACAAGAACUCUCUUAAGCCAGUGCGCCACGACGUGUCGAGAUUCCAACCCUCAUCCGAACUCUGGGAUGAGUUCAUACAGACAGACUCUACCGCUCAAGAACGCAAGGCUAUCUUGGAGUGUCUGCAAACCAGCGCCGAUGAGUCGCGUACGGAUAUAGAUGAAUUGGUCCGGGAUUACCAGCAGCGGGCAGAGAGGGGAGACAUUAUCGCUUACGGGUGGCUGCACACGCGAUCUGCUAUCAAGAUGCACAAGAACGUUCAAGGUUGGUCCGGAGCUCUGGACCCUAAUGCUUCCGACGUUAGCCAUAAGCUCAAGAAUGGCUCCACGCCACUCGUGACGCAGCUUGAUCCCGAUGUGGCGACAAGACAGAAUAGGAAGCUUCAACCUCAAGAUGAGUACUUUGAGCGAGCCAUAUGGCUCGGAUGCUAUGAGUUACUUCGCAGGGGACGAAGCAUCGCCGAGAUCCGAGAUUGGUGCGUGGAAAGAACCGAAGUCUGGAGAGCGGUCAGUAUGUCCGCCAUGCCGUUGUCUAAGGACCAAAGCGAAGGCCGUCCUACAUGUGAUCCCCUAUCUCUUCUUCUCUGGCGGCGAACCUGUUUUGCCUUGGCGCGACAAGGAGGUACUGAUGACUUUGAGCGCGCCGUCUACGGUAUACUCUCUGGUGACAUACCCAGUGUCGAAAAGAUUUGUGAGAACUGGGAUGAUUACGUUUACGCCCACUAUAAUGCCCUAUUGCGAACACAGUUUGAUGCCUACUUGAUGAAGCGAUCUCCGCCAGAUGCUACCGCUACCAUUUCCCAAAGCUUCUCCGCCUUUAACGCCAUUCAGUUCCAUGGUGAGCCUGCUUCGGUUGCGGAACGGCUUGUGAAAUCUCUGGAAACAAACGUCAAAACCUCGGCAGAGGCGAGAACGCCUCUGAAAACCCUACAAGCAGCAAUCAUAUCAAAUAAUAUGGACCAGUACAUGUACGAACUCGGUGUUGCGCUUGGAAAGUCAGCAAACAAGGAUGGCAGUUCAGCAUUGAUACCAAGCUUUAGUACCGCUGGUGAAGAUAUAGACGAUGCCAAAUUUGUACAGCUAAGGGAUCAUAAUGGUCUACGCGUCUUGGUCCACGUAUACCUGAUCAUCUCAAGCCUUGAGCAGCUACAGGGCGGUCUGCUCGUAGAGCUUUCCGAACGUCUCAAGGUACAGCAGAAUGUCAUCUCUGCCUAUGUCAGCACCCUGCGGUUGACUGGCCUAACUGACUUUAUGUCUCUCUAUUGUCACCAAAUGCAGGGGGAUAGGGCUUUCUUCACCCUGAGUCGGAAUAUUACUGGCAUUGUCGACCAGCACGAGCGAGAGAUGCAGCUAAGGCUGAUGGAGAAGCUCGGCAUAGACAUUGCCGAGUUUGUCCAAUUCCAGCCGCGUUCUCUUCUGCAGCAGCAUCUCGAACCAGAGAACCUACAGCCCCCAUUCGGUAGAUUCACUGUUUUCUCCAACGAUCCGCCUACCCUCAAGUACGGACGUCCUCUGAAGCCCGACUUCCUGGGGGAGCCUCCCGACGAGCUCAACUCUGUGGACGAACAUCUCAUCCAAUCGCUGGAGUGGUUCCUUCUCAUCGAUGGCCUAUGGCAUGAAGUGUUUCAUUACGGAACCGCCAUUUACAAACGAUUUCUCAAGCAAUUCAACUUCCAUGCAGCCCGUGCCUUGUCUGAACGGGUCUCCUGCGCGGACAUUUUUAGAAGAAAGGCAGGCAUUGUCUACUCAGAUUAUUCGGAUGUAUCGUGGUUUGAUGAAGUUCGAGCCAGUGCUGCGGCCGGCUCUUUAGAAGUAAAUGGUCUUGGUCCAGACGAGGUCGCAUCAGCACAGAAUUUCUUUGAAAUGGAGUGCUUGAUUCGGGCUUUAGAUGUGAUGGAGACUUUGGCCUCAAGUGAAUUGUUAGCCCAAGACCCGGCGGAGAAGUUAAGCCGAGAUUUCUGGGCCAAUGUUGGCCAGUCAAUCAAGGCUCUCAAGGGCUACAUGCGCCCUAUCUUGAACAAUUGGCUCAUGGAGAGUAUUGAAGAAGAUGAUGAUUUUGCAUAUCUUCGGGACGCGUAUCUCCCAGAGAUAAUUCUUGGAUACGUGAGCGCGUUGCACUUCGCAGGAACAACUCUAACUCGUGACAACUUGCUGGAGUGCAUGGAGCUUGCCUCGGUUGUUGCAAAGAAAGACGCGGACGUAGCGGCGGUGAUCAUGAAAGCCGGCCGUAUGAAGGAACUCUUGGAAGGCUUUGCCAACUGCAGCAAGGCGCUCGCGAUAAGCAGCAGUGACAAGAAAGGGGCCAAUGGUAUCAACAGUAAAAGGAUGAUGCGAGAACACGGAUGGACACGAGAGCUUUGGUCGGUCAAGAAGUGAAGGAAUGAGAUGAAAAAAAGGGGGGGCAUGGUUGGCUUUAUGGCCCUAACAUUAGUACUGAUGAAUGUUGCACGCUUGCAUUUCAGUGGGCCUGGCUUCGUUGGCGCUGGCGGUUCCUAGGGUUAAGAGGAUGGCCAUCAAAACUGCAAGGGCGUUUUGUUUUUUAGGGGCAUAUUAGGAUGUCCGUUAACCUUCAAGGGGUAAUUGUAUUUCAUGAUGCACUAAUCACUCUGAACUCUCUAAUUAGGUCAGGUAGGAGGUAAGGCUAUGGUCUUUGAGCCCAAUUUGUAGACUAUGGUUGCAAAUUGGCCUCGGAAGAUUUUAACUGGCUUGUCCACCGAUCCUUGUUCAUAUACCUGGGUAUGUAGUAAUGAUGAAAUUUCACGAUGA